CGGCCUCCAGUCCGAGCGGGGGGCGCGGCGGCGACGCCUGGGCAGUGGCUGUGGGCUCCGCGCGGACCGCGCAGCCGCCCCCGUGAGUUAUUCCCACGUCCCGCGGGGCUCGCUGCCGCCCCCGCCGGCGCCGAGAGUCCGGCCCGGGCCCAACUCCCUCACGGGCCCCCCGGCGGCGGCGGCGGCAGCGGCGGAGCCCCCCGCCCGGGCCCCAAUGAGUAACUCUCGGAAUAACCGGGUGAUGGUGGAGGGGGUCGGGGCCCGGGUGGUGCGCGGCCCGGACUGGAAGUGGGGGAAGCAGGACGGCGGCGAGGGCCAUGUGGGCACAGUCCGGAGCUUCGAGAGCCCGGAGGAGGUGGUGGUGGUGUGGGACAACGGCACGGCUGCAAACUACCGCUGCUCCGGGGCCUACGACCUGCGCAUCCUGGACAGCGCGCCCACGGGCAUCAAGCAUGAUGGAACCAUGUGUGAUACCUGCCGCCAGCAACCAAUCAUUGGCAUUCGAUGGAAAUGUGCAGAGUGUACAAAUUAUGAUUUGUGCACAGUGUGUUAUCAUGGAGAUAAACAUCAUUUAAGACAUCGCUUUUACAGAAUUACCACACCAGGAAGUGAGCGGGUUCUGUUAGAGUCUCGUAGAAAAUCUAAGAAGAUUACAGCCAGAGGAAUCUUUGCAGGUGCCAGAGUAGUACGAGGAGUGGACUGGCAGUGGGAAGAUCAGGAUGGCGGAAAUGGACGUAGGGGAAAGGUAACAGAAAUCCAGGACUGGAGUGCAUCAAGCCCACACAGUGCAGCAUAUGUUCUCUGGGAUAAUGGUGCUAAGAACCUUUACAGAGUUGGCUUUGAGGGCAUGUCUGAUCUGAAGUGUGUCCAGGAUGCCAAAGGAGGUUCUUUCUACAGAGAUCACUGCCCUGUGCUAGGUGAGCAGAAUGGCAACAGGAAUCCUGGUGGAUUGCAGAUUGGUGACCUGGUAAAUAUAGAUCUUGACCUAGAAAUAGUACAGUCUUUGCAGCAUGGUCAUGGAGGAUGGACUGAUGGAAUGUUUGAGACUUUAACUACAACUGGAACUGUUUGUGGCAUUGAUGAAGAUCAUGAUAUUGUAGUACAAUAUCCAAGUGGCAAUAGGUGGACCUUCAAUCCUGCUGUUCUCACUAAAGCAAACAUUGUCCGAAGUGGGGAUGCUGCUCAAGGUGCAGAAGGAGGCGCCUCUCAGUUUCAAGUGGGUGACCUUGUACAAGUUUGUUAUGAUCUGGAAAGAAUUAAACUUCUGCAAAGAGGACAUGGCGAAUGGGCUGAAGCGAUGCUUCCAACUUUAGGUAAAGUUGGCCGAGUACAACAGAUAUAUUCAGACAGUGAUUUAAAGGUGGAAGUUUGUGGAACUUCUUGGACAUAUAAUCCAGCAGCAGUUUCCAAGGUGGCAUCUGCAGGAUCAGCCAUUAGCAAUGCAUCUGGUGAAAGACUCUCACAACUCCUGAAGAAAUUAUUUGAAACUCAAGAAUCUGGUGACCUCAACGAAGAAUUAGUUAAAGCUGCUGCCAAUGGAGAUGUUGCUAAAGUGGAAGAUUUGCUAAAAAGACCAGAUGUGGAUGUAAAUGGGCAGUGUGCUGGCCAUACAGCUAUGCAAGCUGCUAGUCAGAAUGGACAUGUUGACAUUUUGAAGUUACUUUUGAAGCAAAACGUGGAUGUAGAAGCAGAGGACAAAGAUGGUGAUAGAGCAGUUCACCAUGCAGCUUUUGGAGAUGAAGGUGCUGUUAUAGAAGUACUACACCGAGGCAGUGCUGAUUUGAAUGCACGCAAUAAGCGCCGACAGACACCACUUCAUAUUGCUGUCAAUAAAGGUCAUCUUCAAGUCGUGAAGACUUUAUUGGACUUUGGCUGUCAUCCCAGUCUCCAGGAUUCUGAAGGUGAUACCCCUCUUCAUGAUGCAAUAAGUAAGAAACGUGAUGAUAUCCUGGCAGUCCUUUUGGAAGCUGGAGCAGAUGUUACCAUCACAAACAAUAAUGGAUUUAAUGCUCUACAUCAUGCUGCAUUAAGGGGAAAUCCCAGUGCAAUGCGUGUUUUACUAUCUAAAUUACCACGACCAUGGAUUGUGGAUGAGAAGAAAGAUGAUGGUUAUACUGCCUUGCAUCUGGCUGCCCUUAAUAAUCAUGUAGAAGUGGCUGAAUUGUUGGUACAUCAGGGUAAUGCAAACCUGGAUAUCCAGAACGUGAACCAACAAACUGCCUUACACCUUGCUGUUGAACGACAACACACCCAAAUUGUUAGGCUUCUGGUUCGUGCAGGUGCCAAGUUAGAUAUUCAGGAUAAGGAUGGGGAUACUCCUUUGCAUGAAGCCCUGAGACAUCACACUUUGUCUCAGCUGCGUCAGCUCCAAGAUAUGCAAGAUGUAGGGAAGGUGGAUGCUGCUUGGGAGCCAUCCAAAAACACAUUAAUAAUGGGACUUGGUACCCAGGGGGCAGAGAAGAAGAGUGCAGCAUCUAUUGCCUGUUUCUUGGCAGCCAAUGGCGCUGACCUUAGCAUUCGAAAUAAGAAGGGUCAGUCACCACUUGAUCUCUGUCCUGAUCCAAGUCUCUGCAAAGCACUGGCAAAGUGUCAUAAGGAAAAAGUCAGUGGUCAAGUGGGUUCUCGAAGUCCUUCUAUGAUUAGUAAUGAUUCUGAAACCUUAGAAGAGUGUAUGGUGUGCUCAGAUAUGAAGAGAGAUACUCUUUUUGGCCCAUGUGGACAUAUUGCUACCUGUUCUUUAUGUUCUCCACGAGUCAAGAAAUGCCUCAUCUGUAAAGAACAAGUUCAAUCCAGGACAAAGUUUUUCCUUACUUGAUUGUGUGUGUGUAUGUGUAAGUAAAAUGAGGUUUUAGUCUCUUACAAUUUUCUCAAGGUGAGUAGUUUAAACCAAAGAAAUAUGUUGAAGUUUAAACUUAGGAAGUAUGUGCUCUUUUUCCAUUCCCUUUUUAUUCUCUUCAUUUUUCUCUUGGCAUUUCAUUAACCGUCAUUAAUUAAAAAGGAGCUGGUGCUAAUUCUCAUAAUAAAUUAGUUGGCAGUGACUUAAAAGGUGUUAUAUUGCCAGUACUUCUUAAAUUUUUAACUUUCAUAAAAGUUAAAAGUUUUUAACAUCACAAAAGCCUGGAUGGCUUUUAUGAUCCAGAUGAAUAUAUCUUUGGUAAAAAUUUUGGCAUAGGAAAAAGCACAAGGAAAUUACUUUUGGUAGGAGAUGCUGGAGUGCUACUAUGUGUGUAGUUACUUAAUUUAUAAAGGUAAGAUGGUGAGCUGAUAGCACUUAUUGUAUGCCAGGCACUGUGUUGACAUUUCAUAUGCAUUAAAAUCGGUAUCAGCCCUGCUUAGUAAAUUAAUGUGGAUUAGUCUACUUGGUAUUUAUAAUUUACUUUAGUUACCUGCUUACAAUAAAGUGGCAGUUUGUGAAAGAGUAUGAGAGAAUAAAAAUUUAAGGCAUUCUCUUAUUUUUAGAUUGGUCUGUGUAUUGUCCCAUCGUGCUGGAAACUUUUUGUUAGAUUAAGCCCUGUUUCAGCAACCUUUACUGAGCACCUAUUUUCUAGUCAAGACAAAGAUGUAUAUGAUAAGUAACUGCUAAAAUUUAGUUUUUCUGUUGGCAAACUAUGGCUUAGUUUAAAAGCUACUUUGCUAUAUAGGAUGUUAUAGGUGCUUUAUGAAAAAUGUAAACUGAACAGGAGUUCAGCACCCCAGGUUGUCAAAAGCAGAGUCACCGAUAUGAAAUGGCCCUUAGAAAAGCUAAAGCCCAAAGAAGUACACUGACAGCUGGUUCUUGAACACAGGUCUCUAAAUUCUUCAGCCUUUGUUCUUUUCACUGUUUUGUGAUGCACAGAUAAAAUUAGGAACAAUGUCUACAAGGGAGGGUUGAUAUAAUAGGGAGGUAGAGAGGAAAGCAUAUGCUGUCAUUCUUUUUCAGACCUUCUGAAUACAGUUAUUCCAAGAGUUAAUCAACUUGCAAUUUGUUUUGUAAAUUAUGAAAAUUUCAAACCUUUAGAAAAGUACGAAAAUUAACAUACCCACCUACCCAACAGAUUUGCCAGGUUGCUUGCAGAGCCUUUGACUAUAAAGAAAUAGUGACCCCAAGUGGUUAAAA